AUGAGUGAUGAAUUCCUUUCAUUCCCCUCAACCUUCAUAUGGGCUACUGCAACCGCUGCCUACCAAAUAGAAGGAGCUAACCAAAGUGACGGUAGAGGAAUAUCCACAUGGGAUGUGAUACGGAAGCAGCCGGGCAGAAUUGCCGACAACUCAUCUCCAUCUCAGAGCUGUGAUGGGUAUUACCUCUACAAAGAAGAUGUACUGCUGUUAAAGGAGUUAAAUGUAACACACUACAGAUUUUCUAUCUGCUGGACUCGAAUACUUCCGAAUGGCUAUAUUGGCAAUAUUAAUGAGAAAGGAAUUGCGUUUUAUCGAAGUUUACUCGAAGAGUUGAAGAUCAACGGAAUUGAGCCUAUUGUAACAUUAUUCCACGCCGACUAUCCUUUUGAACUUUAUGAAAAAGGUGGCUGGCUUAAUGAAGAAUAUAUUAAAUGGUAUCUCGAUUAUUGUCAUUUGUGCUUCAGCCGCUUUGGAGAUCUGGUAAAGUACUGGAUAUCGUUCAACGAGAUUCCAAUGCACGCGUGGUGUGGUGUCACGAUGUUUGAAGGACAACCGCGUCAUUCGCCUGAAACUCAGGAAUACUCAAUACCGAAGAGGAAAGUGCCGUAUGUUGCCGCGCAUAACAUGCUUCUAGCACAUGGAAAAGCCUACAGAAUGUAUGAAAAAGAGUUUAGGAAAACCCAAAAUGGAAAGUUUGGUUUCGUUGUUGGUGGUCGAUGGUGUAAAACGUUUUCAUCGUCACCUGAAGACAUCGCGGCAGCACAAAGAGCCCUUGAUUGGAGCUUCAACUGGACGGUUGCUCCGAUAUUCGGAGAAAAAGGAGAUUAUCCGGAACAUAUGAAAAAAGAGAUACAAAUACUAGAAAAAGCAGAGAAUCAGGAAAUCUUACCGAGAUUCACAGAACAGGAAAUCACAAUGCUCAAAGGAUCGGCUGACUUUUGUGGCAUUAACUACUACUUAACAAAUGAAGUCCUUGCUGGAGAUGGUCCUUCUCAAAUGGAGAAGGACGCGCACUUCGACUACUUGGACGGUCGAUGGGAGAAAAUCAGUGGGAAAAAUUCUUGGUUGCGCUACGUUCCUGAAGGACUACUUGAACUUUUAGAGUAUAUAAGAGAUAAUUAUGGAAAUAUUCCUGUUCUUAUAACUGAAAAUGGUUGUGACGAUAAUAAUGAGGAAAAGGUUGAUGUUCUUUGUGACCAGAACAGGAUACGCUACAUAAAGGGCCAUAUAGAGACCGUACGGAAAGCGUUGCAACGUGGAUGUAACGUGAUUGGCUAUACCGUAUGGUCCCUUAUGGAUAACUUUGAGUGGGAUGCUGGAUUCGGCGUGAGAUUUGGAUUGUACAGGGUGGACUUCGACUCACCGUCGAAAACUCGCACAAUCAAAAAUAGCGGUAUAUUCUUCAAGAAUUUUCUCAGCCAAAUGAGAAAAGAUGUAGAAUCCAGAAAACAGUAA